UGGUUGUUUCGUGGGAUUAUGGUCUGUGUAGUUUUGUGUCGUCUGUCAAAGCGAAUUUUAAACUUAUUUUAAGAUACAUCACAGAACAGAUUGGUGGUUUUACGCAGUAAAAUGGCUUGAAAUUGUAAUUUAAUGUAGCGCUUUUCUGUUACCAUAGCAACCAAGUCAAACUAAGAGCGAGUAGCAUGUUAGCUAGCCGGUUGUGAUGGACCUUCAUCCGUGAGCAGGUUAGAAGCUCCACCUUCAGCGAUAGGUGUUUGGACCUUUAAACGAAGCAGGUUUCUGCCUGUCUGGUUCUUCAAGAACUGCCCUGACAGUUCCUCUGCAGCAGAUACGCCUGGUUUCCUGCAACUGGGCAGCUCAGGUGUGUUCUUCUAGAAACAGGAUCAAUAACAAGGUCAGUGUAUCAGAGAGGUUCUCUGCUCAUCCAGCUUGACAGAACCAGACGGCAGGACUUACGACUGGUCCUUUAUCUUCAGCCUCAGAGUUAUUUAAGCCAGCUCAGCUUCCAACCUGGUGAAGAGAAAGACCUGACUUCAUCCAGGUGAGUUUACCUGCUGCAGAUCUAACAUGGCUUCUGAUGCGUCCCCUCCAGAUGAGGAAAAGGGAAAGGUAAUGAGGAGGAAGCAGCAGAAGGAGACAGCAGACAUCGAAGACUUAACAUCUGCUGGUCACAAAGCUCUGCAGGAGGGACGACCGCAGGAUGCUCUGAGCUGCUUCAAACAAGCUCUGAAGAUUGCUGCGCAGCUGCAGGACUCUCGGGUUCUACGGGCCUGCUCCUUUAAUCUUGGAGCGGCCUAUGUGGAGGCAGGACGACCUCAGAAAGGACUGGACUUCCUGCGACAAGCUCAGUCUGGUCCAAAGGCUAAGCGGCUCCCAGAUCUCCAGUUCAACAUGGCGCUUGCCCACAAUGCACUGGGACAGAGCCAAGAGGCCAUGUCCUGCUUCCUGCAGGCCGCUCAGCUGUACAGGUCACAGGGAGACGGAGGCAGCGAGGGGGACACCUGCAUGGAGAUGGGCCGCUGCUACAGCAGAAUACAGGACUGGUCUUCGGCAGCAUGGAGUUUUCUACGGGGCGCAGAAAGUUAUAAAGUUGCCUCUGCGUUGGACUCUGCAGCCGCCGCCCUUAAAGAGGCAGGGAGUCACAUGGUCCAAUCAGAUCAGUUCAACCAUAAUGACAUCAAAGGCAGGCUGACAGAGAGUCUGAGUUUGAGCAACAGUGUCAGCGAUCCAAGCACUCUGGGUGACCUCUACCUGUCAGUGGGCGUUUCCUACUGCCGUAUCAGGUGUUUUCAGGAAGCGCUGGCAUGUUUUCAGCGAGCCCUGGACCCCGCAGCACAGAGACCCCCUCUGUUGGCGAAAGUACUGCACAACCUAGGAGCUGCCCUAAACUCUCUGGGCAAGUUCAGCUCUGCAGUGGAUUACCACAGGCUGGCUGCAGGACUGUACGGCUCUCUGGGUUGCCACAGAGAUCAGGCUCGGUGUUUCAGUAACCUGGCCGUUGCCUGCAGUCAGCUGGGUGAUGAUCAGGAGGCGACAGAGAGCUUCAUCCUCGCGCUACAGGGAUUCAGAGACACAGGGGACCACCUGGCUGAGGUUCAGGUGUGCGAGCUGCUGGCUGAGUGUUACCUGAGGCAGAAGAAGCUGCAGAAAGCCGUUCAGCUCUACAAACAGGCUCUGAGUGCGCUCUCUUACUGCAAGAUAACACACUUCUCACACCUGGAGGAUGCUAAAGCUGUUCAGGACCGGCUCGUGGACCAUCUGUGUGCAGCUCUGCAGCAGAGUCUGACUGUGACACAGAGGUCAUGCCCUGGCAGGACCCGCCCAUAUUUGCCCCACCCUCACAGCUCAUCUGUUGAGCAGCGUGUCAGGAAGACUGACAUGGAACAAAGUCUGGCAGCUAAUCAGCAAUUAGAUGACCAAAGGGCGGAGUCUUCACCUGAACGUAAAGGUGAGGAAAGCUCGGGUAGACAGACAGUAGCAAAUCCAAGCAGGUCACCAGAGGGCGGAGUCACUGAAAGAGCUCACUAUAUGAGCCUCACACCUGGAUUACAUCGUUCAGAGCCAUCAGAGAAGCUGCACCAUGGUGAACUUUGGUUGGAUAGAGAGAACCCUCACACAGACAGUUUUGCUUCAUCACCUGUGCAGGUGGAGUGCUCCCCCACCACCUCAGGUGACAUCAGACAGGCAGCAUCACCUGUGUCCAGCAAGAGGUCCCGCCUCUGUUCAUUAAUGUAGUCUGCUGAUUGGACAAUGAACUGAAUGUGAUGAUAUUGAGGAAGUCAGACCGGCAGGACUCUACCUAAAAACACCUGAAAAGCCACGAGCUGUUUUACUAAAGUCUGUUUCAUUUAACUGUGAUCAGAGCUUCACAGAAAGAAAUUACGCCACCUGCUGGCUUAUCCUCUACUGAAUUGAACACGUGCUGCAUGCAUGAGAUCUGAGGUGAGUUUGGGCCUAGAUCCAUGAGAGGCCCUACUCCAGAUCCCUAGAAGGCUCUGAUUGAGGUGCCUGGAAAGCUCUGAUCCAGAUCCCUGAGAGGCUCUGAUCCAGGUGCCUGGAAGGUUCUGAUCCAAAACUUAGAAUGUUUGGAUGCCUGUGGCUCAGAUUCUGAUUCGGGCUGACAGCCUGGAGGCAUCAGCAGCUUGCUGCUUCCUGAAUGGGACCUAGAUGGUUUCUGAUGUUUAAUUCAUCAACAGCCGAUGGUGCUGAUGCUGCAUCGCUGCACGUCACACUGCAGGAGGGAGACAGAGGAGGACAGGUUUAGGCUUCAUCAAUAAAUCCUGAUUUGCUCUCACA